AUGCUGUCCAAAUUGUUGAAGGAGCUUGCUGGAAAAGUGUCUAAACCGCCGUCCAUGUUCUUCCAAUCCUCCAUCAAUGUAGGAUAUUUGCCCGCCGCCUGGAAAUCCGCAUGAUUUACUUCACUGCAUACGGACAGUAGCAAGGUUUCGGCAAACGACAACUGACCAAUCAGCCUCACGUCAAUCUACUGCAAAAUUAUGGAAAACAUAAUUAAACGGGAAAUAAUGCGCUUCGUAGAGCAUCGUGUUCUGCAAUGCAACGCCCGGCAUGGAUUCCUUAGAGGCAAGUGAUGCUUGACAGACCUGGUAUAUUAUUAAGAACGUUGGACCUGAGCAUUUGAUGGCGGGAAUGCAGUGCACGCAGUCUAUGUCGACUUUAAAAAAAGUAUUCGAUAGUGUACCACAUCAGAGUUUCCUUUACAAAAUAAGCCGAACAGACAGUAGGGGUAAUCACCUGAGGUUGAUUCAAACCUUCGUGAUCGGUCGUUCUCAAAAUGUCCACAUCGAUGAUAAGCAGUAAGCGGAGGUAGCGGCUGAAAGCUGUGUUCACCAAGGCCCCGUCCAAGGCCCUACGAUAUUCAUUACAUGCGUCAACGAAUGCGCCAGUGAACUGAAUUAUGAUGUUGCCAUGUUCGCUGAUGAUGUUAUGGUUUGAAGCGCCGUCCGAACUCAAGUGGGCGAAGAGCGCCUGCAGGCAAACCUGAACCGACUCGAAAAAUGGUCGACGGACUCCUCUUUGCCGUUUAAUAUGAAUAAUAAUGAUAAUAACAAUAAUACUAGUUUUAGGUUAAGAUGAUAAUACACUACCACCACUAGAACUAGCCAAAAACACAUACAUACGUGUUUCGCCGAUAUUCGGCUGUUGCAUGGCUCAGCUGCGAGGGUACUGGUUCGUCCGCGGGGCCCCCUGCAUUUACCGUUUGUUUUUUUCGUAGAUACUCCAAUUUAGAAACUGCCGCUUUUUAAUUUCCUCAGAAAUCAUCUACAAACUUGGAGUAUAUCAGUUUAUUCAGGGUAUUAACGUGCAGACCGAGAAUUGUAUGCAUGAAUAUCUGGGCCAAAGUCCAUCAGACACAGCGCAUAACCGCGCUGGGGGACCCACUGACAAGCCAGACCUCACGCAGCUGCGCUAUGCAGCGGCAGAAUAUCGUCGAACCACGCGCGCAUGGGUUUUUGGCUAAUGCCUGUGCUAUUAGUAUGGUAUCACCUUAACCUAAGGUAUACUACUAGCUGCCUGUCGGCAGUUAAUGAACAAUACGCGGUUACCCGCUGUAGCUGAUGGAAUUUGGCCCAAAUAUUCAUGCAUAAAAUUCUCGGUCUGAGCCUAUAGGCCUUGAAUAAACUGAUCUACUGCAACCUUGUAAAUAAUUUCUGAGGAAAUUAAGAGGCGUAGUAGUAAUUGUAUUUAAUGCCAGCUUGCAGGCAUUGUCAAAGAAAGAUAAAGUAUGGAUCAAGCAAACAUAGAAGAAAAACUCUUAAUGAAUAGCUACGGAGGAUGGAAUUUUCGUAGUUAGGAUGGUUCAUGCGGAAAAACAGCUGUUCAUGAAGUAGCGUUAUUCCAGAUAUUUUCAGUCUCCAUUCCUUCUCGUUAAAAUUGGGACUGGACAAGACAGAGGCAUUUAAGAACCGUCGUUUGUUAGCGGCUGAAGAAAUUGUCAGUUGUGAGACCGGCCAUGGAAUCAGAGACCACGAACCCCAUUGUUACGGUAGAUUAGAUCUGUGGAUCCAUCAUCCAAAAUAUGUGAGAGAUCUUUUGUGUCCAAAAAACUAGUAGUGGUUCUCUUUAGCGAAAAAUAAUUUUGCAGAAUUUUUGCUUUCCAUGGUAAUUUGUUCCAAACUGCAAGUGCGUUCACUAAAAAGAGACGACUGCAUUUAACGCGACGUGACAGAGGGAGAAGUAAAAAUACAUCACUGUGACUAUUAUUCCGGGUUAAAAGUACGAUUGUCUAAAAGCUUUAACAGAAGAAAUAAUCCUUUUUGAAGUAGACGAAACCACAAGGGGUCAAGGCCUGUAAGCCCGCAACGUUUUUGGCAUGAAAAAUUCCGAUGUUCCGGGUUAAAACUCUCUUUGUAAAAUAAUGUUGGACGGAUUAACUUUUUUUCCGCUCGCCAGCGCGCAUAAGGUUAAAUAAAAACGAACGGUAAUUCAGGCCAGGUCUGACGCACAUUUUAUAAAGACGCAUUCAAACAUCGCAUAAUUUAGAAGUUCCGAGUAUAAACCCCAUCGUUCUGUGUGCUUUGGAAACUAUCAGGGUGCAGUGAUUUAGACUCUAGAGUAUGAUACAACCAGAUCCUUAAUUACCUCAGGCACAUUUAUGUCAUGGCCGUCAAUACUUAUUUGAGGUUGGUGGUCGUCGCCAACCACCAUGGCUAAGCAUUUGUGUCAAGAAGGAGAAAGGCACAUUGUGCAGCACGAUUGGGCAAAGGCCCGUAGGUCGUUCUUUAGAAGAUCGAACACGAUAUCACAAUUUGCCCUAAUGUCGAUAAAGAGGAGUCGAAUUUGGGGAAGGAAAUGAUGGGCCGAGAAACUGGCUGAUUUUCUACUAGAAGUCAACAGGCAGGAUACUGUAACUUAUUUCCACCGAAAUGGAACUGAGGAUCGGGUGAGUUAACCGUCCCCAUAUGAACAUUUGCAUGAGAAUUCCGCUGAGAAAAUGAUCAUGGGGAACAUGCUGGGGAGUGGGGGACGCACUGCUACGAUUGUGGCGGGAAUUCUAUUCGAAGGCGGGAAUGUCAACAUAUGCGGCCUAACCGCUUGCAUAUGGAGUCUGGGGGUGGCGGAAAACACGCUAUGUUUGAAGCCAUGGGUUUGAAAUGAGUGGCAGACGAUUUUCGAAGGAACGACUUCUUGGAAAAUCUGGAUCUACUUAUUGUACGAGUGGCUGAAAUUACACUCGAACUCGUCUUUGAGUUAGGUAUUUGCUUUGGUUUAUUAUAGGUUGCUGUUGAAGUCGGAAUGGGUGUUUGUAUACAGGGCAUGUUGUUGCGCGUAGACUGUUUCGACUGUUUAUUCUACUAUGCAUAGACGUGAGAUUCAAGGAAACUGAGCAACGCCACUAACGACAAAAUUCUCUAGUUAUCUCCUUCCUCGACAAGAUGGAGUCAACUUCUAUCAGGGAGAAGGACUAAGUACAACAUUCUGCGAGUCGAUAAACCCGAUCUCCGAGCAGUAGGGUUUUACCACCUAAAUGGCGUACCAUUUCAGUAGGUAGACGCCCCUAAGGACUUGGGUGUGUGAGUCACGAAUUAAAUUAAACCGUCGUUCCACUGCUCCAAGGUGACGAAGUUCGCGAUAUCAUUCUUUUACCUUGUCAAGCGAGCUUUCUCUACAUUCGAUGCCGACUGUUUCGUUAAAGUCUUUCAGAAGUUUUUACGGUCACAGUUAGUGUUCGCUAUUCAAGCGUAGAAAUCCUGGGCCGCUAAGGACCUCAGCAUCCUUGAGAAGGUCCAAAGGCGUGCAACCAAACCUGUUAGUGCGCAAGGCUCACUGCCUUACCAAACGCGGUUAUACAAUAUCUACCUCUCGCCUUUGAGUUAAAGACAGCUUACGAGGCGACUUGAUACAAACAUUCCGUAUAUCAUGCGCGCUCGGGACUGUUGUCUUUUACCUGCAGUCUUCCUUUGAAUUAGGAAUCAUAACAAACCCCCGAGGUCAUCCACUCGAAAUUCGUGUGACUAGCGCCACGCUGGACGCACGGAAGUUCUUUUCCAACAGAAUGACUGGGGCUUUGAAUGUUCUGCUUUGAGAUAUCCUCAUGUACACAGCAGUCGAGUCAUCUAAGCGCAAAUUGGAUCAGUGUACUUCUGCACAUCCUAACGUGACCCGUCCAAUAUCGUCCUAGCGCUCCGCGCUCUAACAGUUUAUUAUUGUUAUGAUAUUACCGUCCAUAUUUCAGUAGCGUCCGGUUUUCACUUACUUAUUGUCCCAGGUAUAUUAAAAUGCGAAUGCCGGCACUCAAUUCGUCUUCCUCAGAUAACUAAGCUCGUACAAAUUUUUCUAAGCGCAAUUAUGCUUAGACUGACAGUUUAUUUAGUAGUGCAGACAUUUUUGACACUUAGAAUAAUUCGUUUGUGUGCCGGCUUCGAUGAAUUCCAGUAGCCGUUUGAUGUUUCCGUUUCCAAAUUUUCUAUAUAAUUCCCUUCCUUGUAACAAAUAGGGAGUCCAGAGUUCAACACCUACGUUUCCCAAAAUAAACUGAUCCGAACUGAAUUGGGUAUUGUUUCGUCAGAUCUGAGUGAAACAGUGCAUUAUUUGGGAUGGCUGACGCAGAUCACUACGAGUGAGACAAGGAUAUACCCCAGUCCGUUGCGGAACUCGUAUCUUUGUGUGUGCCACUUCAGGCUUGCGAUUUGUCCAAACAAUUUGUAUCUCCCGAAGUAGUUGUUGCCCGACGUGUCAAUAAAUAAAAAAGGCCGCUAGGUGCAGGCGACUCCUCCGGAGAGCAGAUGGAACACAUAUUCGUCGUCGUCGUCGUCAAUCCAGCCCUGAAGUUGUCGGCAUGUGCGACCAAGAACGUACGGGGCAGUUUAUUGAGGAAGGACACGCCGACGGCGCUAUUGCGUCUUUACAGUGGCCAUUUCUUCAUAGUGCCUGCAAUUUCUUCUAAUCGGUGAGUCGGUUAAUUGCUGGACUGCAUGCGGCGGUUAACCCCAUUCCGGAGAACAGAAUCCAACUUACCUGCUUGCUGAACACGGACUUGGAUUCCCAGCCUCAUUUUGGAUAUGUCAAAGUGGUGGUCAAUCGAGCUGAUGCUGACGCUCUCGCUGAUAGUCUCUGUCGCCUGCACUUCCUAACGGUCCCACCUCUAUACACCGGCGUUGUCCAAAAAGCGUAACGUGGCAAGCGAGCGUAAAUCCAUGGCGCAUUCGCUCUCCAUCUCCCUCUCCCGCAUCGGAAAACGAAACGAACUUAUUGGCCAGAAGGGGCUUGUGUUCCGUAUAGAUUCUGUAGGAGAAAAAGGCCGUAGAUAUUGUUGUUGUUGUUGUUGUUGUUGCUUCUGCUGCUGCUGCUGCCGAUGCUGCUGCUGCUGCUGCUGCUGAUGAUGAUGAUGAUGAUGAUGAUGAUGAUGAUGAUGAUGAUGAUGAUGAUGAUGAUGAUGAUGAUGAUGAUGCUCUGACAUCGACACAUUCGCGAGGAGUAAGUGCAGGUCCACGUAGAAAUUGUUGACAGAGGUACCAUUGACAACAUCAGGGGGAAAACUGAUAGUAGAAAUGGAGGAGGCAGAUUACUUUAGAAGACUGCCACUGCGACUGUGCCGAUGACACAUAAUGAAGACGGGCAUUUGCCUAUCCGGAAAUAUUAAAUCUCUAAUGAAGCGUUCUCACAAAUUAGGAUGAGUGAGGGAAAGAUGUGGUCCCGUGUAAGGUGGCUAUGACAAAUACUAUAUCAAAAGAUGAAUUUCGGACAUCACGACGACCAGUAAUUCCCUGAGCGACAUGGCAAAUGCAGUUCUCCGUUUCUAAACAUGCGGAGAACUUAGCAGACGGAGACUUAUCCCCUACACUUGGGUUAUGUAUGACUGGCUGAUAAUUGCUAGUGGGCAUUCCAGUCUCCCUUAUAUUCGUGGACAGUGCAAGUCUGCUUUAAUAUGACAACGAUCGCUGUGCGGCUACCCACCGCGUUUGAAAUUGAGUUCCAAGGCAGCAAGCGCGACGUGAGUGUCCCGUAUCGCAAUGGAUGAGUAAUUGUAUUUUACCCAUCUCUUGAAUGGCGCUAGCCGAACUCACGUCGGCAAUAGCCAAGGUGGUAACGGCGCUUCUGGUGGUGAUGGAGAACGAGAUGCCGACAAUGACGUUCGGAUCUUAAUGCUGAUUGGCGGUCUUGCUUUCGCAACCCAAUAUGCUAACCUCCCUUGCUUUCAUUAAGCAGUCCUUCUGCGUAUUUAAUGACAUAGUAAAAUACUUUAGGACAAAUCGGUUGGAUUUUUGCUCCGUAAAUGUAUCCGGCAUCUCUACAUUCACUUUUCGACCAUUCGCGUAGUUAGUGGUCUUGUUGUUCUGAUGCAGUUGUUUUGUAAACAGGUGCACCAGAUUAACAAACGACUCCGGUCAUUCCCUGUCGUAUAAGUAUGUCCUUCGGUCUCCGUAAUUGGUGUCUGAUAAUUGUCUCUGGUCUCUGUGCAAAUCCACUCCCAAAUGGAGAAAAGCCGCGAAAACAAUGCCCUCUACAUGCCCAUAAGCAACCGUGUAUGCGACUGAUUGGGUGAUUCCUAUUGAAGUCCAGUGCUUGUGUCCUAUUCGUCGAUUUCCUGAACACCACAAAGUUUGCGGCAUAUGAGACUAUCAAGGAGUGCUAGCCGGUUGUUCUCUUCCUCCUCCAUCAUAAAAUUCAUACCCGGGAAGAAGGCGUUGAGCUGUUCGCUAGAUGUCACUACCUUAAUCCGUUCGGUAAUGACGAACGUAUCAUCCGAAUAGGGAGACCAGAGUUUCGAUUCGUUCACCAACUACAUUAAAUUAAGUGGCGGAUCCUCGCGCGGCAUUUGUCGAUCGGUCGAUGUUAUGCUCGUGUCCGGUCGUUGGCUCAGCGGUUGUCCAGAGGUGAAGGACAAUUCCAGGCUGCCAACGUGAUCCGAGUCUGUUUAGCGUGUUGAGCCGCCUUUCGGAUUGCAUGUUGCCUCUCCGUAGGAGUUUCUGCAUGGCGAGAAGGGGGAGAAUGUGAGGCGGAAUCGGCUUAACGGGAAUGUGAGCACACAAGCUGCAUAACCUCAUCUGGGUUAGACCGCUUCUCGAGGUGGAUAUUGCAGUGUGGUCUCAAGUCAGAGCCCAUCAACCGAAAUCAGCAAAGGAGAGUUGGAUUACACUGAAGGGCCGUGUCAAUAAAUCACCAGUUGUGUGUGGUACAUGGAAGUACACAUGAAAUAUACCACCUGGAUAUCUUAUAUGAGCAACAAUGUCCACAGGAAAAUUAGGCCGUCGUCAACGGCGCGACAUCAACCUCCUCCUCCUCCUCCUCCUCCUCCUCCUCCUCCCCCACCUGAGCUUGGUUUCAAGACUACGUAGAGAAGACCGGAGGGGAGAGAGGGUGCACGUGGCUGUUACGGCCGGGCCUGGUCCACGCCUGUGGCCCACUUGCGUUGGAAUUCCGUGCCGGGGAUCCUGUCUUUCCAUCUUCGCUUUAGUAUUCGACGUAGGCAGAUGAGAUGGGAAUGGUUGAGUUAAUUGGCAUGUUUGGAGUCUCCGCUUCAUAGAAAAGGGUCUUCAGAGCGACGGCCUUGUGUAUCCUCUGUUUAUUGUUCAGUUGAAGGCCAUGGCGAUUCCACACGGAGUUCUGAAGCAAGUUGAAUGCUUGACUGGUUUUGGAGAUUCGGUGAACCAUCCCCUCGUCGAUUUUUGCGCUGCUGGAAAGUGUGCUUCCGAGAUGGGCCAAACUGUCCACGAUUCUAAGUUGGUGGCCGUUGACAGUGAUACGUGGAUGAAUCCAGUGUUACAUGUUGGGUGACGGUAAGUACAUGACCACGGUUUUGUCCUUGUUGAUUUUCAGGUCGAAGUUGGCAUACCCGGCGGCGAGGAGGUCCACGCUCCGUUGCGCGUCCAUUUCGAUCGUGAUGUUAAGUGCUCAGUCGUUAGCGAAGAGCAGAUUGUAAAACGCGGUCGUAGAUUGCCGCGUUCGGACCUGCAUGCGCCUACUGUUGAGAUGAUGCCUGUCAAUUCUGUGAGCGGUGUAUCCCGGAGUGCUCAUUACGAAAGGUGUCCAUCAGCAUGGCAGUGAACAUGAGACUGAAGCGGGUAGGCGCGAGGACGCGGCCAUGUCCCACUCCGUUGGUCACUGCGAAUCCCACGGAAAUUGCGCCGUUGUCCGUGAUGCGUGCAGUCGUCGCACCAUGAGCGUGGAUCGUUCAGGACAGCCGGUAAGCGGCAAACGCCAUGUCGACGGUGAACCGGUGUCGUCGAAAACCGCAUUGGCUUUCCGACAGGAGUCCUUACGCGAGGUGUCUGCUGAGACGAUUGAGGUGGAUGCGGCCGAAGAUAUUCCCGGCAAUUUUGAGUAGUGAGAUGCGUCUGUGAUUGCCAUAGGCUUGUUGGUUCCCUUUGCGUUUGCAGAGGUAAACAAUGGCUGCGUGUUGUAAACCCCGAGAAUCUUGUCUAUAUCGCCAAAUCGGUUAGAUCGCAGUUGGUAGCCAGGAAUAUGGAAGCGGACGGCGAGACCCCUGUCUUACCUUAACGGUAACACUAACGGCAAACUUAACCCUAACCGAAAUCUUAAACCUAACUGUAGCCCGUAACCGUAACUCUAAAACCUAACCGUAAUACUGAAACCUAAUCGUAAACUCAAACCAUAACCGUAACCCGGAAACCUAAACCUGAAGUCCUAACCUUAACCCGAAAAUCGGAAACCAUUAACCGAAACCCUAAUCCUAACCUCAAACGUAAAGCGGAAACCAAAUGUCCUAACUCUAACCCAGAAAACCAUUAUGCUAACCCUAAAUCCAAACCCCAACCCUAAAGCCAAACCAUAAUCGUGAACCUAAACCCCACUCUAACACUGAAACCGGACCUUGAAGCCAAACCGUAAUCGUAAACCUAAACACUAACCCUAACAUUGAAACGCUGAACCCUAACCCUAACUAAACCCAACAGCCUGACUGAAACGGGCGAUUCACCUAAUGCAGUAGAAGCACACCUGCUGAUGACCAGUUUCUCAGACAAGGUAAGCACACCUACUGGUAACAAGUAUGUCCGUCGACAGUAUCAACUUAUAAUUUCUGGCUACCAACUGCGAUCUUACCGCCAAAUCUACUAAAACACCGUCGUGAGUUGGUCCAUCAGACGGUUUCCGCCGUGCUUGUAGAUUUCAGCAGGGAUUUCGUCGGAGCCUGAUGCUUUUUCGUUGGAGACUGCUUGCACGGCACGAAUAGUUUCUGGAAAUGAGGGAGGAAGAUCCAAGUCGAUGUUAGUCUCCAAAGGAGGAGCCGGUUGAUGGCGAAGGAAAGGUUGAGAUCGCUUCUGAAAUGUUCAACCCAGCGUUUCAGAAUCUGUGACCUCUCCGUCAAAAGCGUUGAUCCAUUGGAGCUAAGAAGAGGCGCAGUUCCAUUGGUCGGGGGCCGUAGCUCGUCUUAAUCAUGGGAAAGAAGUUCUUUGAGUCGCUGCUGUCGGCGUAUGCCUGGAUCUCCUCGGUCUCCAGAGUCAUCCAGACGUUUCGCAGUUCUCACAACCGUUGCUGCGCAAAGAGGCGACACUGGCAGAAGGCCGCUUUGCUCGCGUCGAUUGGACGGUCGAGGUAGGCUCUUUGUGGCGUGUUCUCAGAGAGCAGAUUGUUGAGGACUGCAUCACUGCCGUCAAACUAGUCCGGAUGCUGGCGACGUACGCGGCUGGGGACACCCAGGGCAGUCAAAUGGACGAUGUCACACAAUUGGCAUCAUCCAUUCUUCACAGGGACCUUUUCGUCUGGAAUUGAUAGAUCUUCCAGCCGCAGGAUUAUUUGAUUAUUGAAAUGCAAACGAUGGCCAGGAAAGGACAACAAAGGGGUAUUCAGCUUUGCUGGCGGUUGCUUAAUUGUGGCCCCCUGCGAAGUUUCAGAUGGAGCCUCAUAUUAAAGAAGAUGAGGCGGUGGUCCAUCCAAACAUCGGUGUCGCAGAUCGUCUUGGUCACCAUCACGUCCUGCCGAUCUCGCUGCCAGACAAGAAGAUAGACCAGUAGAUGCCAGUGCAGCGACCAGGGGUGCAUCCGGGCGGCCUUCUUCCGCAUCGGAAGGCGAAAAAAGUGUGUUGGCCAGUAGGAGGCCGUAUUAAGUGCAGGUUUGCAGGAAUAGGAGGCCAUUGUAGUUGCACCCGCCGACUCCAUGGGGAUUCAGCACUCCCCUUCAGGUAGCACAGUCUGUCCAGACGCGGACACUGAAGUCACGAAAGACAGUCAACUUAUCCGUCUUCGGCACAGAUGCCAGGAUUGUGCAUCGGUUUACGUAGAAAUUGGACAUCGCAACGUCUGAGCCCGUCCUUGCUGGGCUUGAGGCGUUGAUGAUGGUGACGAAAUUUUCAAACCCGCAGAGUCAGGCGGGGGCUCACCAGGCGUUCCUCGAUGUCCUUCUACAGACAGGGCAGCUGUCGCACGAUUUUGUUCCGAAUAGGAAAGGCGAUGCCCGCGUCUCGUCGUUCGGUCUUUGGGCGGCCGCUCCAGAAGAAGGUAUAGCCGGCAGCCACCUCCAGUAGGACUUGAUCGAAGAAACGACUCUCACUGACUGCAGCGAUAUCCAUCUUGUGACGCGCCAUGUUCUGGCAGCUUGCACCAAGGAUUAUCUAAAAAAGAAACGAAUAUUCCAGGCUGUCAGUAUUAACGGACUCAUCCAGCAGCCUGUAGGGGGGGACGGAGAAGAGGAGGAAGAGGAGGAGAAGGAGGAGAAGGAAGAGAGAGAGAGAGUAUUGCGUCUUUUGUUUUUGGUUUGGACCGCAUGUUUAGCCGUCUGCGAUCUACGAUCUGCGCGUAGAUGUCGUGAAGUCAGCAUUUGUUUAGUGCACCUUUUUCUAGCCCUUCUUGCCCUCCUGGAAGAAAGCAGUGCUCUCACUUUACAGGGCAGCUUUGUCUUACCAGACGGGUACCACUGUCAACCAUUGGUCACUGUGUUUAGUGAGGGAACGACCACUGGCCUGAUCUGUCUACGUGAUUGUAUUUUGCCCUUGCCGUAGGGAUUUCGGUCGAAGAGUAAGAGAGUAAAACAGACUAGAGAGUCGAGAGAGGGAGAAGGAAGUGCGGAGGGGAAAAGCGGAGAGAAGGUACGGAAGGGCAGAAAUGGGCAGGUCUUCCAGCCACCAGACCAGCAGCAUGCCGAGUGUCGAAAUGCAAGUGUGACCAGGCAAAGAAAAACAAAUGCUGUAAAGUCUAUGUGGGGGGUCAAUUACCUUGUGGCCCACUGUGGGUUGCAGGAGGAGCCUCGUCCUGAAGAUGACCAGGCGAUUAUCCGUACGGCCAGCGGUGGUGGGAGCGACAAGAACCUCAGGGGACGUGAUGUAGGUCCGCAAAUGGACCUGCCGCCAUGGUCCGAUAUGGUCAUGUGUUGGUCCGACGCACCAACCGUUGGGCUCGUUUAAGGGACAAACACACAAAUAAUUUCUAACGUCGUGACCGACGACGUCCACCACGUGGUCCACAGCAGGGCGAGAGCAGGAGUGGUUAAUUAUACCUGAUUUCUUUUACAGUUACAACGCAUCUACCGCACUUGCUCCUCGUCCUCAUCCUCGUCCUCGUCCUCCUCCUACUCCUCCUCACCUUGGUCCCGUUUCAUGACCCAGUCGAGAAAACUAGAGGAGAGGGAGGACGAUGGUGGCUAG